GGCGGCGGCGGCGGUGGUGCUUGCGGCCGAGCGCCGGAGCCGGAUCCUUUAGCCCGGGUGUGGGCCCGUGUCAGUCCGUCCGUCCGCCUGCCCUUCGGCCUCCUCUGUCGUCUUCCGGAGUACGGCUGGCGGAGCCGGGAUGGCGGAGCGAGGCCUGGAGCCGUCGCCGGCAGCGGUGGCGGCGCUGCCGCCCGAAGUGCGCGCCCAGCUGGCGGAGCUGGAGCUGGAGCUCUCGGAGGGGGAUAUCACACAGAAAGGAUAUGAAAAGAAGAGGUCCAAACUCCUGUCUCCAUACAGCCCACAAACGCAAGAAACUGAUUCAGCAGUACAGAAAGAACAUAGAAACCAGACACCUGCUCCAGCUGCAGCUCAAACUUCAGCGCCCUCUAAAUACCACCGAACUCGCGCUGGAGGAGCCAGGGAUGAACGAUACCGAUCAGAUAUCCACACAGAAGCAGUUCAAGCUGCCCUGGCAAAGCAUAAAGAACAAAAGAUGGCUUUACCCAUGCCCACCAAGAGGCGGUCCACAUUUGUCCAGUCCCCCGCGGAUGCCUGCACACCUCCUGACACGUCUUCAGCCUCCGAGGAUGAGGGCUCUCUGAGACGCCAAGCUGCGCUCUCUGCUGCCUUGCAACAGAGUUUACAGAAUGCUGAGUCCUGGAUCAACCGUUCAAUUCAGGGAUCGUCCACCUCUUCCUCCGCAUCUUCUACGCUGUCCCACGGAGAGGUCAAAGGAACCAGUGGGUCUCUAGCUGAUGUAUUUGCCAAUACUCGAAUAGAGAAUUUCUCUGCUCCCCCUGAUGUCACCACAACUACCUCUUCUUCCUCAUCGUCCUCAGUACGCCCAGCAAAUAUCGACCUGCCCCCCUCUGGAAUAGUUAAAGGCAUGCACAAAGGAGCCAAUAGGUCCAGCCUUAUGGAUACAGCUGACGGUGUUCCUGUCAAUAGUAGAGUAUCCACAAAAAUCCAGCAGCUUCUCAAUACUCUGAAACGACCCAAAAGGCCUCCAUUAAAAGAAUUUUUUGUGGAUGACUCUGAAGAAAUUGUGGAAGGUAUACCUCAGCCAGACCCCAACCAGCCCAAACCCGAGGGGCGGCAGAUGACACCUGUGAAGGGAGAGCCCCUGGGCGUCAUCUGUAACUGGCCACCUGCUCUAGAAUCUGCCCUGCAGCGCUGGGGCUCCACUCAAGCCAAGUGCCCCUGUCUGACUGCACUGGAUGUGACAGGGAAACCUGUUUACACACUGACAUAUGGGAAGUUGUGGAGCAGAAGUUUAAAGUUGGCCUACACACUGCUUAAUAAACUGGGGACCAAAAAUGAACCUGUGUUAAAACCUGGAGACAGGGUGGCCCUGGUUUACCCUAACAAUGAUCCAGUCAUGUUUAUGGUAGCUUUUUAUGGAUGUCUUCUCGCAGAAGUGAUCCCAGUGCCUAUAGAGGUACCACUUACCAGAAAGGAUGCUGGAGGUCAGCAGAUUGGCUUCUUACUAGGAAGUUGUGGUAUUGCCUUAGCUCUUACCAGUGAAGUUUGUUUGAAGGGAUUGCCAAAAACCCAGAAUGGAGAAAUUGUACAGUUUAAAGGUUGGCCCCGGCUCAAGUGGGUUGUAACAGAUUCCAAGUACCUUUCCAAGCCACCCAAAGACUGGCAGCCCCACAUAUCACCUGCUGGUACAGAGCCAGCAUACAUUGAGUAUAAAACCAGCAAAGAAGGGAGUGUGAUGGGAGUUACCGUGUCCCGUCUUGCAAUGUUGUCUCACUGCCAAGCUCUGUCCCAGGCCUGCAAUUAUUCUGAAGGAGAAACAGUAGUGAAUGUUUUAGACUUUAAGAAGGAUGCUGGGCUGUGGCAUGGCAUGUUUUCGAAUGUAAUGAAUAAGAUGCAUACAAUCAGUGUACCCUACUCAGUUAUGAAGACCUGUCCUCUCUCUUGGGUCCAAAGAGUGCAUGCCCACAAAGCCAAAGUAGCUUUGGUAAAAUGUCGAGACUUACACUGGGCUAUGAUGGCACAUCGGGACCAGAGGGAUGUAAGCCUGAGUUCCCUCCGCAUGUUGAUUGUGACUGAUGGAGCUAAUCCCUGGUCUGUGUCAUCCUGUGAUGCCUUCUUGAGUCUGUUCCAAAGCCAUGGGCUAAAACCUGAGGCCAUCUGUCCAUGUGCGACAUCUGCUGAAGCCAUGACCAUAGCGAUCCGAAGGCCUGGAGUUCCAGGGGCUCCUCUGCCAGGAAGAGCCAUUCUCUCGAUGAAUGGGUUGAGCUAUGGGGUAAUCCGGGUCAAUACUGAAGAUAAGAAUUCAGCACUUACAGUCCAGGAUGUAGGACAUGUGAUGCCUGGGGGGAUGAUGUGCAUUGUGAAGCCAGAUGGACCUCCUCAGCUCUGCAAAACAGAUGAAAUUGGAGAAAUCUGUGUUAGCUCCAGAACUGGAGGGAUGAUGUACUUUGGGCUUGCUGGUGUGACAAAAAAUACAUUUGAGGUGAUUCCAGUGAAUUCUGCAGGCUCUCCAAUUGGUGAUGUACCAUUCAUUCGGUCAGGAUUGUUGGGAUUUGUAGGUCCAGGCAGCUUGGUGUUCGUAGUUGGAAAAAUGGAUGGAUUACUAAUGGUUAGUGGGCGAAGACAUAAUGCUGAUGACAUUGUUGCUACUGGCCUGGCAGUGGAGUCCAUAAAGACUGUUUAUAGAGGAAGAAUUGCUGUGUUUUCUGUGUCUGUAUUUUAUGAUGAGCGCAUCGUGGUGGUUGCAGAGCAAAGACCUGAUGCCUCUGAGGAAGACAGCUUCCAGUGGAUGAGCCGAGUGCUGCAGGCAAUCGAUAGCAUUCAUCAAGUGGGAGUCUAUUGUCUUGCUCUGGUACCUGCCAAUACGUUGCCAAAAACGCCGCUAGGAGGGAUCCAUAUAUCUCAGACCAAACAGCUCUUUCUGGAGGGAUCUCUACAUCCUUGCAACAUACUUAUGUGCCCACAUACGUGUGUGACGAAUUUGCCAAAGCCCCGGCAGAAGCAACCAGGUGUUGGUCCUGCUUCUGUGAUGGUAGGGAAUCUGGUUGCUGGAAAACGCAUAGCACAAGCUGCUGGAAGGGAUCUGGGGCAAAUUGAAGAGAAUGAUUUAGUGAGGAAGCACCAGUUUCUGGCUGAGAUUUUGCAGUGGCGAGCCCAGGCAACGCCUGACCAUGUCCUCUUCAUGCUGUUAAAUGCCAAGGGGACCACUGUGUGCACAGCCAGUUGCCUUCAGCUUCAUAAGCGAGCAGAGAGGAUUGCGUCGGUUCUGGGUGACAAAGGACACCUAAAUGCAGGAGACAAUGUGGUAUUGCUCUACCCACCUGGCAUCGAGUUGAUUGCUGCAUUCUAUGGCUGCCUGUACGCAGGGUGUAUUCCUGUGACUGUCAGACCACCUCAUGCUCAGAACCUUACUGCCACUUUGCCUACUGUCCGUAUGAUUGUUGAUGUCAGCAAAGCAGCCUGUAUUCUCACCACUCAGACCCUAAUGCGGUUGCUAAGGUCCCGGGAGGCUGCUGCAGCUGUGGAUGUGAAAACCUGGCCAACCAUCAUCGAUACAGAUGAUUUACCCAGGAAAAGGUUACCUCAGCUGUAUAAACCACCCACUCCUGAGAUGUUGGCAUAUCUUGAUUUCAGUGUCUCCACGACUGGCAUGCUCACAGGAGUCAAGAUGUCCCACUCUGCAGUUAAUGCUCUUUGUAGAGCCAUCAAGCUCCAGUGUGAGUUGUAUUCUUCUCGGCAGAUUGCCAUCUGCCUUGACCCUUACUGUGGACUUGGCUUUGCACUCUGGUGUCUCUGCAGUGUCUAUUCAGGUCACCAAUCCAUCUUAAUUCCUCCUAUGGAGUUGGAAAACAACCUUUUCCUUUGGCUUGCCACGGUCAACCAGUACAAAAUAAGGGAUACCUUCUGCUCCUAUUCGGUUAUGGAGCUUUGCACUAAAGGGCUGGGAAACCAAGUAGAGGUGCUGAAGACCAGAGGGAUCAACCUCUCCUGCAUCCGGACCUGUGUGGUGGUGGCUGAGGAGCGACCCCGAAUCACACUGCAGCAGUCCUUCUCCAAGCUCUUCAAAGACAUUGGCCUGUCCCCUCGGGCUGUCAGCACUACUUUUGGAUCGAGAGUCAAUGUAGCAAUAUGUUUACAGGGAACCUCAGGGCCUGAUCCCACUACUGUGUAUGUAGAUCUGAAAUCAUUAAGACAUGACAGGGUUCGUCUUGUGGAGCGGGGAGCCCCGCAGAGUCUGCUGCUCUCAGAGUCUGGAAAGAUUUUACCUGGAGUGAAAGUGGUUAUUGUUAAUCCUGAGACCAAAGGGCCUGUUGGAGACUCUCAUCUGGGUGAAAUUUGGGUGAACAGUCCCCAUACCGCCAGUGGCUACUACACCAUCUAUGACAGCGAGACUCUUCAAGCAGAUCACUUCAACACCCGCCUGAGCUUUGGGGAUGCUGCUCAGACACUCUGGGCUCGAACAGGAUACCUGGGGUUUGUCCGUAGAACUGAGCUCACAGCGGCCACCGGAGAGCGUCAUGAUGCAUUGUAUGUGGUGGGAGCUCUGGAUGAAACGCUGGAGCUGAGAGGAUUACGAUACCACCCCAUCGACAUUGAGACCUCAGUGUCUCGGAUCCACAGGAGCAUUGCUGAAUGUGCUGUGUUCACGUGGACCAACUUGCUUGUGGUGGUUGUAGAACUGUGCGGCUCUGAACAAGAAGCCCUGGAUCUGGUUCCUUUAGUGACCAACGUGGUCCUGGAAGAGCAUUACCUCAUUGUCGGCGUUGUGGUUGUGGUGGACCCAGGUGUCAUCCCGAUCAACUCCCGGGGAGAGAAGCAGAGGAUGCACCUCCGAGACAGCUUCCUAGCUGACCAACUGGACCCCAUCUAUGUGGCUUACAACAUGUAGCCAGCCACAUGGAUGCCAUCCUGAGUCUCACAGAGACCAAAGGCCCACAGCUAGGAGCAAGCUCUCAGGCAAUGUGAAGUAAGCCGAGGUGGCUGCGUGACAUCCUUCAUCUCAUUCUGUGGGGUUCUGUAGUCAUACAGCACACACAGGAAAGGGGAGAUCUGCGGUGGCAAAUGAAAAAAUGUUCCCAGUUAGACCUAAGCUUCAGCCUAGCGUGAGCAGCACGUUACUAAAGCAAUUACUUGCAUGUUGCAUUUUUUU